AUGAAAACUGAUUUAGUAGACAUCAAAGACUUAUUACCUAAUUUUAUGCAAGAAGCUGGAAUGAUGGAAAGAAUUAGAUGUCAAUACGUAGUGAAUUAUAUUGGAAGUGUUGUGACACCAGAUACGUUAUAUAUAUCACGUGGAAUGGAAUAUUUACAUCAAAACGAUAUUGUUCAUCGUGAUUUAAAAACUGAUAAUGUUUUAGUCGUUUCAAACAAUCCAUUUGAUCCAGUGACAGCUAAAGUAACAGAUUUUGGUACUUCUCGUUCAUUCAUUGAAUCAUCUCAAAAAUUAGGAAUUCAACACAUUGGCACACCUGUUUAUAUGGCACCAGAAAUGACAUUACAAAAAGGUGAAGUUAAUGAACAAAUGACAUUAAAAUCAGAUGUAUAUUCAUUUGCUAUUUGUAUGUUAGAAGUUUGGAUAAGUAAAGAUCCAUAUAAUUCAAUAAAAUUCCCAGAUGGUGAAUCAAUUCUUAAAUUUGUUGGAGCAGGAAAAAGACUUGAAAUACCGAGUGGGUGUUUAUUUUCGGAAGUUAUUGAAAGAUGUUGGCAACAAGACCCACGAGAUAGACCCUCUUUUCAAGAAGUUGCAAUUAUGUUAUCAAAAGUAUAUAAAGGAUAUAUUGAUGGAGAAACUAGUGCAUGUGUUGAUACAUUAUGUGUAAAUGAGAAUUCUAAACGUAAGUCAUAUGUUCCAAUAGAAACAAUAAGUGUAGAAAGUAAAAUAGAAGAACCAUUAAAGGAAAAAGAAGAUAAAAAGGAAAGUUCACAAGAUUUGAUUCAAAGAGAAGAGCAAACAGAAAAUAAGAGUUUAUCAUCAGAAGGAGAGUCUGAAUAA